AUGAUGCACGAGCAUGCACAGGUGUUGGGGAUGGGCUUGGAGCUGGGAAGCCUGGCAUAUGCAUGCAUCCGUGCAGGCAUUUGGCCUCAACGUAGCUUUGGAAGGCUCCCCCUGCUGAAAACAGUCAUGACCGAUGCGUCAGCCCUGCCAGAAGGGACGGGCACUUGCUCGCAGUUCAACGUCAUGAAGGGAUUUGGCUUCAUCGACAUGGGCGGCGUCACGGUCUUUGUUCACAACUCCGACUGCGAGCCGGGAAAGCAGCCAAAGGAAGGGGAUGUUCUGACCUUCAACUAUGAGCCCAGGAAAAACAACCCCGAGCAGAUGCAGGCCAGGAAUGUCAAGGGCUGCUCCGCAGCACGGACGGACGUUUGGGGUCAGCCCGCCUUCGCCGGGCCGGUCGAAGGCACAGGUGCGUUCACAGGGACAGUCAAGAACUUCGGUUCAAAGGGCUAUGGCUUCAUCGUCAUGGAAGAUGGUGUGGAGAUGUUCUUCAACAUCAAAGAUUGCGUGGGUAGCAAGCCAACUGCCGGAGACACCGUAAAGUUUGACAUCGAAGAAAGCCCUAUAAAGCCCGGCAGCAAGCAGGCCAAGAACGUCACUGGAGGCAGUCAGCCGUUGGAUCCGCCGAUGGGCAUGAAAGGCGGCUGGGGCCCAAUGUGGGAUGGCGGCAAGGGUUCGUGGGGUGGAGGCUGGGGUUGGAACGGUGGCUGGGAUGGCGGCAAGGGCAUGUGGGGAGGUGGCGGGAAAGGGGGUCUGAAGGGUGGUAUGAUGGCCGCCGGACCAUAUGGAAAGGGUGGUGGAAAGGGCAUGUGGUAG